AUGCGCCGCAGUUACAUCGAAAGAAUUUUCGAAGCUCUUCGCAUCCUCUAUCACCGACCUACUCCCCAGGACUUUCCAAACGCACUUACAGAUCUUAACCGUGGCGAACUUGACCUUAUGGACACUGAACGUUCCGCCAUGCUGUUGGACAUGUGGCCAUGCGACGAAUGCAAGGAUAUUCCCGCCGACCUUCUUCUGGAGGAGCUAAGGCAACAUCUCCCCUGGUUUACAAGCCCCAGUUCGUAUGCAGGAUGUGUCGAUACUCUGCUCACCCUCCUCCGUCAAGUCGAAGUCAGCAUUCGAGUCGAUGGGGACAGACCAGGCUGCAACCAACUGAGGCACUUUUGCAAAAAGCUUUUAGAAAAGGUUACAAACCAAGCGAGAACCUCAUAA